GUGAUGUGAAGAAGAAUGCCGCGGUCAUAGGACCAGAUUCUGAGUCAGAUGUGGACACUUCCAGCUCGACUAGCUGCAGUUUGUCGGACAGGGCUCAUGUUGCGAAGAUGACGCCUGAGAAGACCAGCAACCCGGACAGUGACAAAUGUCGGAAGCUCCUUCUGUUGGAGCUGGAGGAAGUUGAGCUUUUGCUUCAACUUCAGUUGUCCAGAGCACAGCGGGCUCGUGCAGCUACCACGAUUGAGAAGUUCCAUCCCAUGCCACGGCCACCAGCUGUCAGUAUGGACAACCUUGAGACCCAACCCAUGGAUGAGACCCAGAUGAUGGGUCACAACCUUGAGACCCAACCCAUGGAUGAGACCCAGAUGAUGGAUGAACUUGAGGUGGAUGCCAAUGAUGGUUUGCAAGAUCCCCUGUCUCCACCACAGGAAUCUGAGGGAGUUGCCAGUUUGGAGUCUCCUUUGUCUCCAUCACUGGAGCCUGAAGGAGAUAUCAUGAACGAUGAGGAAGGCCUAGUGCCUUUGGACGAAGCUGAUCUGUGUCCACCAUGCAGCGAUGUGAAAGCAGUGCCAGUGGAGCAUCCUCCUCUUGAAGAGGCUAAGAGUAAGGCCCGAGUUCGAGGACAAUAUGCUUCAGAGGAAUCGAAGAGAAGUUCGGCUUACCACAAAGCCAGGCCACCAAAUCUUGAUGGCGAAGGUCCAUCAUCAAGUGCGGAGGCAGCAUGGCGCAAGCCUGUGCCCUUUGUCGAGAUUGAGCCCACCUCCAAGAAACAGGUUCAAGUGAUGCAGUCAUUCCCCAAGGCCGCGCCGAAAGACCAGGGGUCAGUGCCGCCAAAGACUGUUUUCACCCAUGGUCCCAAGCCACCUCCAGGUUCCUCACAAAGCAAGACCUUUGCACACGCCAAAGAGAGUUCCCCCGGCCCCUCCACCGAAACCAGCCCAGCUACCAAAGCCUUGGUGGCCACCUCGGCCUCCACCGCCAGUGAAGACCGAAGGUACUUUGUAUGCUUUGGAAUGAAGACCUGGCAUGGCACCAGGCAGAAUUCCAAUUUGUGGAGAUCUUUAGUGGCCGCGCCAAUGUCAGCCGAGAAUGGAGCCAUGGCUUUGAUCGCCCCAGACUGUGCUAGCUUUGGCGCCCCAAACUUGGGGACCACUUUGAGGCUGGUUCUUUUGUGCAUUGUCGUGGUGGCAGCCCAUGGCAUUUACGUGGUGGAACAGCCUCGGCAAACGAAGAAGCAUGAGGCCAAUGCCAAGUUCUCCGACAAGGAACUGUUCACUAGACUCGACAUGAAAGAGCGCUUGGCACGCAUCAGGGAGCUUAAGGCAAACCUGUUGAGUGAACCAAGCACGCGUGUGGAGAACACUUUUCUAGCAGAAGCUGUUCCUGGUGAGGUGCUGCCAGCAUCUCCAGCAGAUCAGGCUACUGUGCCAGCCAUCGAAGUCAGUGCUCCUGACGUUGCCAUGCAUGCUGCGAGUCCUACACCUGCUCAGUGUGCUUUAGGAAUGAAAGGACAUGAUGUGGCCACUCCUGCCGGUGAUGUGGAAACUCCAGGGGAAACCAUUCCAGGGGACCUUGCUUCCCCGCCGCCACCCACUCCUAUGUCACCUCCAGUCGUUCGAGUUUUGGAGCCAGAGUUUGGUGGUGCGACAGAAACCCCUGUUGCUGAGACUCAGCUGGAUAGCCCUGACCCAGGAAACUGCGAGAACCAUGGCCUUGGCCACGCUGUGCCGGCUGUAGCUGAGAAGCCGGCUCCCACUCCUUCUACCCGUGUCCAUGACCUCUUGAAAGCCAGCAAGGCGAAGAAGGAGACUUCAGCAUCUGCUCUGCACCAAGCCAUUUUGGCUUUGGGCCCCCCGGGCCAGCUGACAAAGGAGCAGCUCGCUGCAGAGCUUCUGAGCUUGCAUGAGCAAAUGCAUGGCAAUGAGAGCUGUGGCGCACAUGAGGCUGCUGGGGACAAGGCAGUUGGGAAACCCUUGGAGGAAACACCUGAGAAAAUUUUGCAGACUCCCCUUCCAAAGUCAAUGCCGCCGCCCGCAAAGGUGCCGAACAAGGCUUUGUCCAUAGCCUGCCCACCAGAUACCCAAACAAGGGCUGCACCACAGGCAAAACUUGCAGUUGUGGAAGCAAAGCCUGCAGCACCGCUUGCAGUUGUGCAGGCCAAACCUGCUCCGCCUACAACAGCUCCAACAGCCGUUGCAGUACCUGCAGCACCUCUGACUGCUUGCGUGGUUGCUGAAGCAAAGGCUGCAACACCCCCAACGACCCUUGAAGCUGUGCAGGCCAAACCUGCUCCGCCUACAGCACCUCCAAAAGCAGCUGCAGUACCUGCAGCACCUCUGACUGCAGUUGCUGAAGCAAAGGCUGCAUCACCUCCAACAGCCCUUGCAGCAAAUGUGGGGUCAACAGGUACUCCAGGGCCUGGUGCAGUGGCAAAUCCUGGUCCUACCACAGCACCUGCAGCAAAGGUUGCCCUUGCUCCAUCUGUUGCCCCUGCUGAAUCUACGGACCAGAGCGUGGAGCAAAAGUUGCUGGAGCUGAGGAUUCGUCGGCAUGUGAUGGCAGCCAACACGGACGAGCUUCUCCGUGCGAAGAUGAAAGAAACCUUUCUCAAGACCGGUUCGCUCCAAGAGGAUACGAGUGGAAGCAUCUUGGACGCCAUGGACGUAAAUGAGGGUGCACCCGGAGGCGGUGGUGGUGGAGGUGGGGAGAGGCAGCCUGCGCCAGCUGUAGAAAGGCCCUGUGGAGCGCAUUCCUUUUCCAUGCCUGUCGCAGACAACUUCCCCAUUUCAGCAAUUGGGGCAGUUCCUGCUCCUGCUUGGCAAAAAGAUCGACGCCGCCCAGAACCAAAAGGCCUGAGCGUCGGCCACUGCAAUUUGCAGCCCAACAUCAUUGCUGUUUGCGCAGGAAUGGCUGAACCUUUGACAAAGCUGCGGAAGUUGAACGAAGAGUUGAUCGACAUGCAAGCAGCUGCCACUGCAGUGGCCCCCACCAAGGAGGACAAAGACAAACUGGUGCAGAAGUACAUCGAGAUCACAAAGAACGACACCAUAAUGAACAACUGGGCAUCCAGAGCCAGGUCCUGGAAGCCACCUCUGACUGAAGAAGAGAAAGCAGCCCGCAAAGAAAAGACGAAGCGCAAAAAGGUGAAAAGCGAGGAUGGAGAUGAUGAGUCGCAGAGGCUACUUUCUCAUUUGCGUACAUGUGCUCCUGAAAACAAUGAUGACCUCGAACAGCAGCUCAUGGAAGAGCUUUUGGAACAUUUUGAGACCGGUGUCCUUAGCCAGUCCAUGAUGCUGAUGCAGAUUGCAUCUUGGAAAGACCCUGCGAACUGGUCCCGGAACCUCCACCGACUUAUUCAGAGAUUUGGAUUGUCGUUGAAUGUGGUGGUGAACAAUGUUUUGUGCCCUUGCCUCUUUCGGAACAGGAUUACACAGGUGCCGUGGCCAGUCCUUUUCCUGUCCAGCUGGCUGCCAAUGGUCUUUGCCAAGACCGGUGGGGCCUUGUUGAUGAACGGUUUCACGGUCGAUCAAGAUGACCAUGAAAAAGCUCUUGCCAGUUUCUGGCAAUUGUACCGUGCUGUUGAUCCGAACCAUGCAGUGUACACCAUGCAUCCCUCAAGGCUUGGUUCAGUCCUGCCACUCAUGUACCAUGGAGAUGAAGGCAGAGGACGCUUGAAGAGAGCUGUGCUGGUCACGAGUUUCGUUUCUGCUCUUCCAGUUUCAGGCCACCCGUUUCUUUCACACCUUUUGUGCACAGUGUUUCCUGGUGAACGCUAUGCAACUGGAGACGAUGGAGUCGAGACUUUGGAAGCACUCCAUGCUGCAGUGGCAAGAGAUUUGAACGAGAAUGGUGGAGGGCCGAUGCACAAGCACGAUGGCGUGCAAACAGACCAGGUAUUGCUGGCUUGCAGAUUCAAUCUCUGGGAUGGCAACAACAUCCCUGACCGCUUGGAGGCUGCGUUUGCUGAUUUUGACGCAUGGCGACGGAGAAUGCGAAUCUCAAGCAGCAUCACAGAGUUUGAUUUGAAAAAGUCUUUCAAGUGCCAGCUAGGGGAUUGGCCGCGUUUUGGAGGUAAGGGCUAUGACACAACAGUAGUGUCGACUGAAGCAUUGGCUUUGCUUCGGUGGGUGAUGGGUUCAGUGGAUGUCUAUUUUCGGGCAAUCAAUGUGAAGGGCCGGAGAUGGAUCCCAGAAGGGUACAUCGCCCUUACAGCCUGGAGCAUGGCCAGAGGCUUGGCCACAUGGGUGGAUGAGGCCUUUAUAGGUGGCCCGGAUGUCCCGGCGCUGUCAUCCAUUCUUGAUUUGCAUUCGCACAAUGCG